CGCCGACUUCUUCCUCCUUUGAAAACCGAUAGAAGACUUGAAAUUUCUUCUUUCCUUCUUGUUCAAGAACUGAUUUUGGGGCUUAGAAUUCUCUCUCUCGACCCAGAAAUCCCGGAUCUGCUCUGCUUCUUCCCCCUUUGUCCGUCGGGUUCUGCUGGGUUUGAAUCCUUCGGCUUUUUCUGGCUGUGAGCUUCUUCUUCGAACCCGUCAGCUUCCAUGUUCGCCGGAACCGGCUUUUGCUUGCCGGAAAAUUCUGGUGUUGAUCGUUCUGUCACCGUAGCACUUGGGUUAGCCUUCUGUUUUGUGCGAGUGAGGGUUAAACAUUGGUACUUCCUGACGCCUGCCAGUGGGAGUGUGUUAAACACUGGUACUAUUCCUGACGCCUGCCAGUGGGAGUGUGUUAAACACUGGUACUUCUGUAACCUUGCCAAUGGGGUUAAACAUUGGUACUUCCUGACGCCUGCCAGUGGGAGUGUGUUAAACACUGGUACUAUUCCUGACGCCUGCCAGUGGGAGUUUGUUAAACACUGGUACUUCUGUAACCUUGCCAAUGGGGUUAAACAUUGGUACUUCCUGAUGCCUGCUAGUGAGAGUGUGUUAAACACUGGUACUAUUACUGACGCUUGCCAGUGGGAGUGUGUUAAACAUUGUUCUGUUAUGUUAAACUAUUUAUCUGGCAUGCUUGAAGUUUUACCCAAGGACUAUCCAUAUUUACUUACUGAGUUAUCUCAUAGUUUUCCUUGUCCACCAUUUCAGGAAGCGAAACCGAGGACGGGAAAAACCAAGGGGAGUGAUGAGUUAGAAGGCUAGUCAAUUGUAAUCGAUAUAGAUUUGAGAUAAUGAUCAUGAUAUUGCAAGCUAGAUUGUAAUUGGAGAUCGUGUAAAUUCAUUUAGUGGAUUGUUAGUUUAUAAGAGAUUUGAUCUGGAGAUUUUGAGGUUCUCAUGUUGGACAUAGAAUUAUUUUGAGAUAAUUGAUUUGAGUUAUUGGAUGGUCAGAUGUGAAUUGAAUAAAUUCUGAGCCUUGUG